AUGCAUGCGAUCGCCGUCGGUGUUUUAUGGGCCCUAGUGGCGCUGCAGCUAGCUCGCCCGGUUUGGCCGGAGGUGCUGACGCCACCGUACUUCAACUUGGCCGAGGGCCGCCGGAUCACCGCCACCGCGACUUGUGGCCAGGGCCUGCAGGGCCCCGAACUCUACUGCAAGCUGGUCGGAGCCAACUCGGAACGCAACGUCGACUACGAGGGCAACCUCGUCAUACAGGGACAGGUAUGCGAUCAUUGUGACGAUAGUCGUCCAGACAAAUCUCAUCCGCCAGAAUAUGCAGUCGAUGGACAAGAAACAUGGUGGCAGAGUCCACCUUUAUCUAGAGGAAUGAAGUAUAACGAGAUCAACUUAACAAUCGAUUUAGGCCAGGAAUUUCAUGUCGCUUAUGUUGUUGUUAAAAUGGGUAACUCACCUAGGCCGGGUGUUUGGGUACUUGAAAGAUCAGCAGAUCACGGACAAACAUACCUUCCGUGGCAAUAUUUUGCUGACACUGUUGCAGACUGUGAAUCAUAUUUUGGAAAGGAAAGCAUCAAACCCAUUUCGUCCGAUGAUUCGGUUAUUUGUGACACAUCGGUUUCAAAAAUUGUGCCAUUAGAAAAUGGUGAAAUAUUUGUGAAACUUUUGUCUAAUAGACCUUCAGCAAACAACUUUUUUAAUUCUUACGCAUUACAAGAGUUUACCAGAGCUACUAACGUACGAUUUAGAUUACUUAGAGUAAAAAAUCUGCUUGGUCAUCUCAUGUCUGUGGCCAGACAAGACCCCACAACCACUAGACGAUACUUUUACUCGAUAAAAGACGUGAGUAUUGGUGGUAGAUGUCGUUGCAAUGGUCACGCAGAUCUCUGUGACAUAACUGAUCCCACAGAUUCAUAUAAGCUCAUAUGUCGUUGUCAACAUAACACCUGUGGCCACAAUUGCGAAAGAUGCUGUCCAGGUUUUGAACAGAAAGCAUGGAGUCAGUCUAAAUACGAUAAACUAUUCGAGUGUGAACCAUGCAAUUGUUUUGGUCAUUCUGAGAGUUGUGUUUACGACAACGCAACAGACACGUCACAUCUGUCGAUUGAUAUUCACGGGAAAUACGAAGGAGGUGGCGUGUGUCAAAAUUGCCGAGAUCAUACAACAGGUAUCAACUGUGAUAAAUGCGUUUUCGGUUUUUACAGACCCGUUGGAAAGUUGUUGAAUGAAACGGACGUGUGUCAACCUUGUAAUUGUGACCACUUUUAUUCGACCGGAAAUUGUUCGGAAGGUUUUGGUAAGUGUGAAUGUAAGGCCGCUUAUGCUGCCCCAGAUUGUGACCGAUGUAGUGAGGGAUAUUACGGAUAUCCGGAUUGCAAGCCUUGUGAAUGCUUCUUGGAUGGAACAAGAGGAAGACAAUGUGAAAAUACAGGCGGGCAAUGUCCCUGCAAACAAAAUUUCGGUGGGAAAUUUUGUUAUCAAUGUGCCGAUGGCUUUUAUAACUUCCCGCAAUGCAAAUCUUGCGAAUGCAACGAAAUUGGGUCAAGAAAUUCGAUAUGUGACCAAAAGACUGGUCAGUGUUUGUGUCAUAGCAGUUACGGAAAUCUUUCAUGUGAUCAAUGUAACCACGGUUAUUAUGGAUUCCCCACGUGCUCUUAUUGCAAUUGUGAUUUAAUUGGCUCAUUACCAGAAGUAUGUAAUAAAACUAACGGUCAGUGUAUGUGUAAAGAGGGAUAUGCUGGUCCUAGAUGUGACAAGUGCUUACAUAGUUAUAAUGGAUAUCCAGACUGUAAGCCGUGUGGUUGUUCAGAACGGGGAAGUGCAACAUCCAUUUGUGAUGCCUCAGGAAAAUGUCCUUGUUUACCUAGUUUUGCUGGGAGAACAUGUGAACAAUGUAGUCCAGGAUACUAUCAAUAUCCUGAAUGCAAAUUCUGUGAUUGUGAUAGUCAAGGAUCGAUAGGAGUAUCAUGUGAUAAUGAUGGUAAAUGCAAGUGUAAACCAAAUUUCAUGGGAACUAGGUGUGAUAAAUGUAAGGAAGGUUUAUACAAUUUCCCAAUAUGUGAAGAGUGUAAUUGUAAUCCUGCUGGUGUUCUAUCAACGUUUGUUGGAUGUGGAUCAUUGCCACUGGGUGAAUUAUGCCAAUGUAAACCCAGAGUCAAUGGUAGAAUAUGCGAUGAGUGUCGAGAACUUUUUUGGAACUUACAACCCACAAAUCCAGACGGAUGUCAAGAAUGUGAUUGUUUCAUGCCUGGUGUACUUAGUGGUGUAGGUGUUUGCAAUCCAAAAUCUGGUCAAUGUGUUUGCAAACCAUCUGCUACUUCUAGAAGAUGUGAUGAAUGUUCAGAAGGAUUUUAUAGUUUAAAUGAAAAUAGUUUAUUUGGAUGUACAGAAUGUGGUUGUAAUGUUGGCGGCUCAAUAAAUGAAAAAUGUGAUAAGAAUAGUGGACAAUGUUUGUGUCAACCCAGAAUUGUCGGAAGAGCUUGUACUGAACCAAUGCAAGCACAUUAUUUCCCAACUUUACAUCAACUUUUGUAUGAAGCGGAAGAUGGUAGAACCCCAGCAUAUACUCCAGUCAGAUAUGGGUUUGAUGAAAAAUUCUUUCCAGAUUAUUCUUGGAAAGGGUAUGCUGUUUUCUCUCAACUUCAGAGUGAAAUUGUACAAGAACUUAAUAUAGAGAAACCAUCAAUUUAUCGAAUAGUAUUGAGAUAUGUAAAUCUAAAUAAUGAAACCAUAUUGGGCUUAAUAUCUAUAACACCUGAAACACCAAAUAACAUCAAUAUCGAACAAAAGUUCAUGGUACAACUAAAACCUACAAAAACUCCAACCUUUGUGACAGUAUCUGGAGCUACUGGAAAUAUUCCAUCACCCUUUGUGAUGAAUCCUGGACGAUGGGCCGUUACUAUAAAAAUCGAACAGAAUUUGUUUGUGGAUUACUUUGUGAUUUUGCCUGCUGAGUACUACGAAGGAGAUAUACUGGUCGACAAAGUAUUGAAUCCUUGUGUUAUUGAUAACAUCGAAGUUGGUCUAUGCAGACAUUUUGACUAUCCAAGUACUUCUAAAUUUGAUCAAGUCAAGAGCACAACUGCAUUAACUUUAGAUGGCAAAGAACCAAUUGAUUUCGUUGACAAUUUAAAACAAUUGGACAUAUUAGGUGUCCCAAAAUUACCAGUCAUUAGUGAAACACAGCCAGAACUAGAACUAGAAUUAGCAAUUGUUAAUCCUGGGCCUUAUGUUAUCUUAAUUAAUUACAUGACACCAUCUUCUAUUCAAACAAAGGCAGUUAUUGAAAUUGAAGUGGAUGAAAAGAUGAAUUCUGGUAAAGCAAUAUUAUACGCAUGUCAUCAUACUACACUAUGCAGGCAAGCUGCAGUGGAUGCUACCGGAAAAGUGGCUUUAUUUGAUAUAAAUAAACCAGUUACCAAAGUAAUACUAAAAGGAGGAAAAGAUCAUUCAAAAGUUGGAAUAGAAUCAAUAGUUGCUUUACCAUUAGAUAAAUGGUCUUUAGACUAUAUAAACCCAAAUCCUUCAUGUGUAAAGAAAGAUGGUAAAUGUAUUCAGUCCUUCUACCCUACUCCUCCUGACACAAAAAAAGUGGAAUUUAAAACCGGAAAUGAGGCUCGUCUCUCCACAACUGCACCUAAAGAUAUAUUUGACAACACCACAGCAUUGAUCAUCCUUGAUCACAAAGACAGUAUUGUAGAUUUGGCUGGAAAAGUUCCUGCUCCAGGAGCUUAUGUUUUUAUUGUUCAAUUUUAUCAACCUGAUUUUCCAGCUUUUGAAAUGAAUGCAUUAAUACAUAAUGGUCAAACAUACGAAGCAGUUUUGCCUAUAAAACAUUGUCCAUCAAACUCGGGAUGUCGUUCUGUAGUAAAACAAGCUAAUGGAAACAUAAAUUUUCAACUGACAGAAAACUUUUUACUAAGUUUAAAGGAGCCAAAUCAUAAAAGUGUUUGGUUAGAGUAUGUUUUGGUUGUCCCAGCUCAGGAAUAUAGUGAUUCUAUUACAGUAGAACAGCCGUUUGACUAUACUGGCUUAUUCAUAGCAAAUUGUGGAAGCAAUCAUUUUUAUAUCAACACUUCUACUACAGGUAAUAUUUUAAAUACAUUUGUUUAUUUGUUAAAAUGA